UAGGUCGAUGACCAAAUGAAGCUGCUGCAGCACUCAUGGUCGGAUAAGCUGGUCCUGGAUCACCUGCACCAUCGCAUCCACAACGGCCUGCCGGAUGAGACGCAGCUGAAUAAUGGCCAGGUCUUCAAUCUGCUGAGCCUGGGACUGUUGGGAGUUCCCCAGCUGGCCGAUUACUUCAACGAGCUGCAGAACAAGCUGCAAGACCUGAAGUUCGAUAUGGGCGACUAUGUCUGCAUGAAAUUCCUAAUCCUCUUGAAUCCAGAUGUGCGGGGUAUUGUUAACCGGAAGACCGUCUCCGAUGGACAUGAUAAUGUCCAGGCUGCUAUGCUGGAUUACACCCUCACAUGUUAUCCGUCAGUUACUGAAAAAUUCCGUAGGCUAGUUAUUAUCCUACCAGAAAUCCAUGCCAUGGCCGCCCGAGGCGAGGAGCACCUGUACACCAAGCACGUCGCCGGCAGUGCACCCACCCAGACCCUGCUCAUGGAGAUGCUGCACGCCAAGCGCAAGGUGUAGAAUCCGGCGGAAGACGGAGAAAUGGAAUACUUAAUCAUUUAUGAAGUGUAAAUAACAGGGGCGAGAGCAGGAUGCCCCUUCAGUAUAGGGGGCAGCCAGAAUAUGGAAGUUGAGAUGCUAUGCGAACGGAGGAGGAUAAAAUUCUAUAUAAUGUAUAUGGAAAUGCAUCAUCACUACUACCACCAACACCAGCAACUAUCACACCUAUCUACACACAAAGAAACACACACCACACACCACACUACACACACAACACACACACAUUUGUUGAAACAAUUGUUAAUUAUUAUUACGUUUACGGCUAGGUCUAGUUUAUGUUUAACUAAUGUUUAAUUAAUUUGUCUUAAAUUAAUUCGUGUUUUAUUUGUAGUCCCCGAUAAAGCAAUUUUUAAAACACAUUGAACCUAAACGAGAAUAUAAAUGUAGGCGUAUGAUAUGAAUAAUUCUAUAAAUAAUAUGGAUGGCAAGGAGGAACCCAACUUUCUUUAGGUGUUACAACAAACAAAACAAACAAACAAAAAAACAAAACAAAACAAAAGAAGCAUAAGAAAUUUUAUUUUUAUAUACCUAUACACGAUACUUAUGGAUACAAAUCUAUAUAUAUUUUUAUGUAAAUUGGCGUAAUUUUAAAGUGUCCUACAACUUUUUAACUAGUAUUUGGUUUAAACUAUAGUUUUUCUUUCAAAUUUAUAUUUCGUUUCAACUUGUAGAUCGAUUCUUGUAAUUUUUGCGCCAAGUGUCUUGCAUAGUAUU